AUGCUGGACGGAAGCGAUGGAAAGAUGGCGGCGGCCAUUGUACAGAUGGCAUGUUUGUACCGAGGGAUGUUAGCGGUCAGGGCCACCGGUAUCACGACGCUGAUCCCCGGGAUGGUCCCAUCGCAGUUCCGCGCCUUCUCGGUGCGGAAGGAGCCGGAACUGGACGACAACCCGUACUUUAGCAAGUACCAGGAGAAAAUCCAGAGGCUGCGCAGCGCCAAACCGCAGGAGUACAAAACCCGAAUUGAGAACCGGCACGAGGCCAAGAAGGAUGUGCUGGGACACUCGAAGCAGGCGGAGUUCGUCAGGCUCAUGGAGCGGGAGUUGGAGAACAAGGACAAGGUGGCCGCCAGCGAUGGAGCAUCAGGAGGUUUCACAAAGAACAAGACACUCGGCUCCAUCCUCAACCUGGAGCAGAUCGGGGACAAGACGAGCGAGGAGGUUGCUGAGCUUUGGAUGAAAUAUUAUUCGACCAAAGACACAAUCAGCGCCGUCAUCCCGACGGCGAUGUACGAGCUGAUGUUGAGCAGGUCAAAGUCGUGCCAGAUGUUCCUCUACGCUUUGCCUCAGAAGGAGGGUUACGAGUUCUUCUUGGGUCAGUGGUCCGGACACGAGCUCCACUUCACCUCCCUCAUCAACGUCCAGAUGCAGGGCGAGAACGCUCCCAGUCAGCUGAUCCUCUACCACUACCCAGACCUGAAGGAUGAAAAGGGUGUGGUCCUCAUGACCGCUGAGCUGGACCCCAAGUUCAUAACUGUCCACCAGGCUCAGUGCUUGGCUAAUCAGGUGCAGCUGUUCUACGGCAUGCAGAGGCAGGAGACAUUCCGAUUGGUCGAGACGUUUAACCACCACCCUGCAGCCUUCAAACACAUGUCGUUGAUAGCGGAGCUGGAGCAGAGUGGCUUGGGGUCGACGGCGGCCCCCGGGGGAUCGACGAGCUCGCCUGCAGUCGGAUUCCCAGGAACCCGUUUGUGUUCGUUUUAAAGUGACAGCGACGUAUGCUUCUUCGCUCGGCACUUCCCACGAGGAUACACCUGUCCUUCAGACCGGGGAGCAGCGGCUGUGAUUUAGGCAAAAAUAUAUAUUUAAGAGAGGAUCAGUAGCUUCUCAUGAACUCUGUCUCGGACGUGAUCAUCUUGACAUCUGCUACACACCCUCACUGUGCAUACAAGACAAUAAUGAGGUAUUCAUCAGUUAUAUGAUAAAUAAAUAAAUGUUAGACUCUACCAGAAGGACUUUAUUUGUGUAGUAGUUAUCCUGUACAAUUAAUAAAUUAUCUUCCAAAUCUU